AUAUAUAAAUCAAUGGUACUUAGUAGUUCAAUAAGGAAGAGAACGUUGUAAAGAGCAAUGACACUAGAAGCUUUAUCAUCAAACGGUCUCUUAAACUUUUUGCUCUCCGAGUCUCUUUCACCAACCCCAUUCAAGUCUCUCCUCGAUCUGGAGCCAUCGCCGGAAAAUGACAUCAUCAUCUCCAAGAACACAAUUCCGGAGAUGUCUCCCCAAGAACCGGCGUCACGGCAGCCACCACCGGCUAGCAGAGGGAAGAAGCGGCGGAGGAGGAAGCCUAGGGUUUGCAAAAACGAAGAAGAAGCUGAGAAUCAAAGAAUAACUCACAUCGCGGUAGAAAGAAAUCGAAGAAGACAAAUGAAUCAGCAUCUCUCUGUCUUAAGAUCUCUCAUGCCUCAACCUUUUUCACAAAAGGGUGAUCAAGCUUCAAUAGUUGGUGGAGCCAUAGAUUUCAUCAAAGAACUUGAACAUGAAUUACUAUCUCUUGAAGCUCAAAAGCUUCAAAAGGAUAAACUAAACCAGACUGUUACUUCUUCAACAAGUCAAGACUCAAACUGCGAGCCUGAGAAUCCUCAUCCGUCUCUAUCACAGUUCUUUCUUCACUCGUACGAUCCAAGCCAGGAGAAUAGAAAUGGGUCAACAAGCUCGGUGAAAACCGCUAUGGAGGAUCUUGAAGUGACUCUAAUAGAAACUCAUGCUAACAUCAGAAUCCUGUCAAGAAGAAGAGGUUUCCAAUGGACCUCGGUGGUGGCUACCACCGGACCACCGCAACUUUCAAAACUAGUGGCUGCUCUACAGUCACUCUCCCUCUCCGUGCUUCACCUCAGUGUCACAACAUUGGAAACUUUUGCCAUUUACUCAAUCAGCACUAAGGUGGAAGAGAGUUGCCAGCUAAGUUCAGUAGAUGACAUUGCAGGAGCAGUUCAUCACAUGCUAAGUAUCAUUGAAGAGGAACCUUUUUGUUGUUCAACAAUGCCAGAGUUACCCUUUACUUUCCCCUUAAAUCACACAAAUGUCACUCAUUCUCUCUGAGAAUUCUCCUUUCCUUUUCAAUUCUUUUAUCACAUAGCACAUCUUUGAUAGUUUUUUCUUUCAGAAUAAAGAAGGUUUAUUGCUUUCUUUUUUAUUUCCUAGGUUUUUUCUGACUCUGUAAAGGCUAAAUGUGAAACCAUGCGGAGUAUAAUGGCACGUAAUAUAAAAGUAGUUGUUUUACUC